GGGAAUUCAAGAUGGAGUCGCUGAGUAGAGCUGGGCAGGAGAUGAGCUUAGCGGCCCUGAAGCAACACGACCCCUACAUCACCAGCAUCGCAGACCUCACGGGCCAGGUCGCUCUGUACACCUUCUGCCCCAAGGCCAACCAGUGGGAGAAGACUGAUAUAGAAGGGACCUUAUUUGUAUAUCGAAGGUCAGCCUCACCUUACCAUGGUUUUACCAUUGUGAAUCGACUGAAUAUGCACAAUCUGGUUGAACCAGUGAAUAAAGAUUUGGAAUUUCAGCUCCACGAACCAUUUCUUCUAUAUAGAAAUGCAAGCUUGUCAAUAUACAGCAUCUGGUUUUACGACAAGAAUGACUGUCACCGCAUAGCCAAACUCAUGGCCAAUGUUGUAGAAGAAGAGACACGGCGGUCCCAGCAAGCGGCUCGGGACAAGCAGAGUCCUAGCCAGGCCAACGGCUGCAGUGACCACAGGCCCAUUGACAUCCUGGAGAUGCUAAGCAGAGCCAAGGAUGAAUAUGAGAGGAAUCAGAUGGGCGACUCCAAUAUCUCCAGCCCUGGGUUACAGCCAAGUACUCAGCUCUCCAAUCUGGGAAGCACUGAGACUCUAGAAGAGAUGCCAUCGGGGUCACAAGAUAAGUCUACUCCAUCUGGACACAAACAUCUGACAGUGGAAGAAUUAUUUGGAACCUCUUUGCCAAAGGAACAGCCAGCUGUUGUGGGUCUGGAUUCAGAAGAAGUGGAGAAGCUGCCAGGAGAUGCCUCCCAGAAAGAGUCCAGCUCAUUCCUACCAUUUUCCUUCGAGCAGUCAGGAGGAGCCCCUCAGUCGGAAAACCUGGGUGUCCAUCCUGCUGCCCACCACUCAGUGCCACCUGAAGCCCCCACCCCGGUGCUGAUCACUCCUGCCUCCAUCACACAGUCCGGUGACAAACAGGCCCCAGGCUAUGCCAUCCCACUGCGCCCUGUGCUCAGUCCCACUCUACCAGCAGAAGCUCCUACAGCACAGGUUGCCCCCAGCUUACCCCGAAACCCCACCAUGAUGCAGGCGGUGAAGACCACGCCGAGACAGAGGUCUCCACUGCUGAGCCAGCCAGUCCCUGAGCUGAGCCACGCCAAUCUGACUGCCACCCAGAGCCCCUUCAGGGCCCCCCUGAGCGUGACAAACACAGCUGGUACAUCCCUCCCAAGCGUGGAUCUUCUCCAGAAACUCAGGUUGACCCCACAGCAUGACCAAAUACAGACACAGUCACUUGGGAAAGGUGCCGUGGCACCCAGCUUUUCCCCAGCAGCUGGCCAGCUGGCCACGCCCGAGAGCUUCAUAGAGCCCCCCUCUAAGACCGCAGCAGCUCGAGCCUCAGCAUCCCUGAGCAACAUGGUGCUUGCUCCCCUUCAGUCUAUGCAGCAAAACCAGGAUCCUGAAGUCUUUGCCCAGCCUAAGGUGUUAUCCAGUGCCAUCCCGGUCGCAGGCCCCACACUGGUUACUGCAACAACCAUGGCAGUGUCUUCAGUCCUGUUGUCCCCAAGUGUUUUCCAGCAGACAGUUACAAGGUCCGCAGACCUCGAGAGGAAAGCAAGCGCCCCUUCUCCACUGACUGUUGGAACAUCAGAAAAUCAGAGAAAGCCUUCCAUUAUUCUCAGCAAGUCUCAGCUCCAGGAUACAUUAAUACAUCUAAUAAAGAAUGAUUCCAGCUUCCUCAGUACACUUCACGAAGUCUACUUGCAGGUUCUGACCAAGAACAAAGACAACCACAACUUAUGACUGGAGCAGAAUAAAUCCGAAGGCAGAAUGUCGACCUCAGAAACAAAUAGGCCUCAUCAUGGAAACUUCUAAACAGAACAUUGAGUUUUGAGAAUCCUGAAAUUGAGCCUAUGAGAAAUAGACUCAUUCCUUAAGAAUGUUUUCCAAGUGACGUUCUCAGUGAUAAUGGAGGUUUCACUGUGAAGCAUCACCAGCAGACCUUUGUUUUGACAA